UAGACUUCACUUUCUUCUUUGCCCUCUCUCUGCUACUACCGGUUCUUGUAAACUUCCCUUCUUUAGCACAGAAGAAACAUUCAAAUGGCUCAGAGCAAGAUUUUGUUAAUCGGAGGCACAGGCUACAUCGGAAAAUUCCUCGUGGAAGCAAGCGCAAAGGCUGGCCAUCCCACCUUUGUUCUGGUCAGAAAGAGCACACUCUCUGAUCCCGUUAAGGGAAAACUCAUUGAGAAAUUCAAGAACUUGGGUGUCACUUUGCUCCAAGGAGACCUUCACGACCAUGGCAGUUUGGUGAGCGCAAUUAAGCAAGCGGACGUGGUGAUAUCAACUGUGGGUCCAAUGCAAUUCGAAGAUCAGCUCAAGAUCAUUGCUGCCAUUAAAGAAGCUGGUAACGUUAAGAGAUUCUACCCAUCUGAAUUCGGAGUUGAUGCGGACCGUAACAAUGCUGUGGAGCCAGCGAAGAGUGCAUUUGUUGCCAGGGCCAAAAUCCGACGUGCCAUUGAGGCUGAAGGCAUUCCCUACACUUAUGUCCCAUGCCACUUCUUUGCUGCCUAUUUUCUCCCUAACUUGGUACAGGCAGGAGCCACUGCUCCUCCUAGAGACAAAGUCAUUAUCCCUGGCGAUGGGAAUCCCAAGGCAAUUUUUAACAAGGAAGAUGACAUCGCAACCUAUACCAUUAGAUCUGUGGAUGACCCAAGAGCAUUGAACAAGUUACUCUACAUUAGGCCUCCCAAAAACAUUUACUCAUUGAAUGAGCUUGUUGCCCUUUGGGAGAAGAAGAUUGGCAAAACUCUUGAGAAAGUCUAUGUUCCGGAGGAAAAGAUUUUGAAGGACAUCCAAGAGGCCCCAGUUCCACUUGAUACGUUGUUGUCACUCAACCACUCAGCCUUUGUGAAGGGUGAUCACACCAGCUUUGAAAUUGAGCCAUCAUUUGGUGUGGAGGCUUCCCAGUUGUACCCAGAUGUCAAAUACACCACCGUGGAAGAAUAUCUCGACCAAUUUGUUUGAGAAAUAUAGUCCCAGCUCUUGUUAUUAUUAAGAUAAAUAAUUAUAACCAAUGUGUGAACAUUGUGUGUGAAAUUAAGAAUGUUUGUACUUAUUAGUA